ACAGAGGACCUAUCACUUGCAUCCGCUGGUCGCCAGACUGUGCAGUUCUAGCUGUCGCAUUUGGCAAUUCAGAUUUAGCCCUGAUUGAUCCAGCAACAGGACAUGUCGUGGAUGGGAUGGAAGAUGAGAGCCAGGCCCCUGUGUUGUCACUUGCGUGGAGAAGUAAUUCAAUCUUGACGGUCGGAAGAUUUGAUGGAACUGUUGUUGAUUAUGACUUUAGAAAGGAUGACAUGUUCAUCUGUUUCUAUAAUGGGCAUCGGCGUGGAGUUUGUAGUCUUAAAUGGUCCGUGUUGUCAGGACGGUAUUUGGCGAGUGGAGGGCAGGAUAAACUAGUGCACAUAUGGGAUGCCUGUAUGCCUGUCUCACAUCACCAUCCACGUCAACGUCAAUGGCUUCACAGGAUCAGCAGCCACACUUCCAUUGUGAAGGCCGUUGACUGGUGCCCAACUCGGAGCAACCUGUUGGCUUCUGGUGGAGGUUGCAAUGAUAAUUGCGUUAAGUUUUGGAACACCGUUAAUGGUGCUUGCUUGAACUCGAUUGAUGCUGGCUCUGAAGUUUGUGCAUUGCUAUGGGACAAAAACAAAUCUGAAUUACUGACCUCCCAUGGUUCGCCGAACAAUCAACUCACCUUGUGGAAUUACCCAUCCAUGACGAGAGUGGCUGAGGUUUCCGGUCAUUCAUCCCGGGUUCUUUCCUUGGCUGGGAGUCCACUGGGAGGUGUAGUAGCUUCUGCAGCAGCAGAUGAGACAAUCAGGUUUUGGAAUAUCUUUGAGACUCCCAAAAUAACAAAACCUGAACUGCCCUUUGCCCAAUUUAAUGUUGUCAUAAGAUGAAAAGGCGGAUAGUGGAAAUGAUUAAGAUUCCAAAUGGAAGACUUCUCUAGUGCUUGACAUGAAUAUUUGUUGUUGGUAACACUGCAAUGGGAAGUUUCGUGGUGUCAAAGAUGCAGCACAUUUUCAUACAAAGCGCAUGGAUUCGAGAUCUUCAAAUAUGAGUGCAACCGCCUAAGAUUUCUUAUGAUAUUCAAUAUGGCCUUGGUAUCAUAUGAAGACAUCACAUUGCACACCUAGAAGAGUGUUUGUCAAUCGAGAGAUCUAUGCAUUAUAAGAGGUAAUUGCCUAAGGCCUUAUAGACAAAGCUAAUGUGGUGGAGAUUGAUGAUCCUCAGAAAGCUCCAGAACUUGAUUGAGGCAAACAAGAAGCUGUAGUGAAGCUCAUGGCCAACGGUACGUGCACCCUUUA